UCCCUUUGGUACUCUCUAGGUUUCCUUUAGUGUUUACUAUAGGUGUGUUUAGUUCUUUUUUUGUUUUUUGUUUUGAGUAUCCUUUAUGGAUGAGACAGUUUUGCUCAAUCAACAACUUCCCCUGCCCGCUUGCACAUGCAUGGCGGUGACCAUUCGUCGGAAACAGUCUGCACGAUUGCGUCACGCUUCCUAGGUUCACGUCCAGAUCUCUAUCCAGAGUCCCUCUCCAUCACAAAAGAAGCGCUAGCUCUCGCGUGCUUCUCGACUGAGGAUCCCAUAACAGGAGCGAGAUCCGGCCGAGACUCACCACUCGAUGUAUGUCUGGCGCUCAUCUUGUGGGUGACAUGGAUGCAGCCCGUUCGGACCUCCUUGGAAGGUGUGACGAACACUGGCGCAGACAAACGAUGGGUUUGGACGGGAAUUGCCAUGCGUCUCGCAGAGUCACACCAUCUUUAUCGACAACAGAAACUGAAUGGCGCGGUUGAUUCACAGGGUGAACUCGCUGAAUGCAGCUCGGUGCUUAACAUCUGUACGACAGUGGAUAGGACGUUUAUCAUUUUACGACCAUCAUCGAUUAAGGCUAUCAUUCCUGGUACGGAUCCCUCCUCUGGGGCGCUUGGAAGUUCUGCUACCGCGGCUGCCAGUGCUGCGGUUGCCACUCCUAAAGGUAGUUCUUCCACGACCGCUCUCCAGACGACACUAAGUACAACGGUUCUGGCGCGUCGGACAGCUGCGGAUCAAGACGUCGAUCCGUCGUCUGAUUUUCGACAACUUCAAUCUCCUUCAUCCCCCUUCGCUACCACUCACCCACAAUACACCUCUCCGCUCAAACGAGCGAAACAACUUCAGUCCCAGAUAGUUAAUGUUAUGACGGGCUUUUUGAGCGAUGCGCUCGGACCGGCUGAUAACGAGAAGAGUGCAGCCUCGUUUAGGGUGCAUGUUGGAGCGGAAAUGGUGGGAAUAAGAAUGGGCAUCUCAAAUUUGUUCAAAAGUGUGGCAGUAUAUUGGAUCAUUUAGAGGAUGAAGUUAGUGGACUGAGAUCUAGGGCUACCGGGCACGGA